AUGGAAGACAACUCGCUCAAGCCCAUUCUCUUGCGCUCGCGCACUCCUGUGCUAAAGUACCUCGAAGCCAUUCAGGCAGAAGGCGCCGACUUCCCCGCCUCCCAUUCUGAUAUCGGUGAUGCACCGAAAGAAGGUUCCGUUAUGAAUGGCGCGCCUUCUGCUGUAAACGGCACCAAUCCCCUCGCUUCUCCAAAGAUAUUCUCCCCCAUAGCCAAGAGCCACAGCAGCGAAGCUCAGCUGGCCAAUCUCGCCAGCUCUCCGGUUAGUUACGGGCAGCACAACGGCGCCGAAGUAGAUGAUGACGCAAAGUCGAACACGCAGGAUGGGCAACGGACCGAAGUCGGAUCGAUACGCGAGCCUGGUCCCGCCGAUCCCCCAGGCCCCAAAUACGAGUCGUACGACUCCGGCCCUUCCUUCGGCAACUUUGGGCCCCUCCCUGAUGAUGCACAUCAUUACGUCCCCCCUCCUGGUACGUAUGGUGGUAAUCCGUAUGCAAAUGGUUGGCAACCCAACUGGGCAGGUUCACCGCAGCAAGCCGUCCGACCGGACAUGCCAUGGGGGCAGGAGGCCCACGGCCCACCUUCUCAAUUCUCUGCUGUCAGAGUACCUCUGCCGGAAUCGGUAGCUUCUCCGCGAGCUAAUUCCUCCGUUCCGAUCAUGAUUGACGUCGAAAGUCCAUCCAGUCCAUCCCGCUCGCGUUCUCGUGCUUCUAAAGCACCUUCGAAGGCACCCUCCUCUGCUGUCCCCCCUCGCCCCCAGAGCAAGGCUUCUAAUCGCGAUGAUAGACCAUUAUCACCUCUGUCUCGCGGUACCGCUCGUCCUCCCGUUCUCGAAGACGGUCAAAUUGUUUACGAUGACGACAAUCGCAACCGCCGCUCCUUAUCCAAAGCACCCUCUCUCGCACCUUCAGACUCUUUAUCUCAGUUCCAUGUCAAGGCUCGCAAGAAGGCUGCCCAAGCCGCCCGCGCAUCGCCUGACGCCCGUUCCCAAGGAUCUGCACCAAACGGGCAGGGGAUGCCUUAUUUCCCAUACCGGAACGCACCAACGCAGGCGGACCUGAUGUACGCAGCCACGCGUGGGAGGGCGAUGGUCAUCCCGGAGGAGAUGGAAGAAGGCACGCAGAAGACUGCCUCUGUAGCCCCGUCGCAAACAGCACAAAGCAAGAGGGAGCCUUCUGUAGCCCCGUCACAUCAUUCGAAGCAACCUUCCGCAGUAGGGGGGUCUGUCGUCAAUGGGAAGACCGCUUCGCAUGUUUCGAGUCGCGUCUCACCUUCCAAGAAAGCGCCUUCUCAGGUUUCUACGUCCACGGCUAAGCAGGGGCCUCCUAAGUCUAUCGCGUCUCGCCACAGCCACGGCCCUUCUCAGGCUUCGCAUCAUCCAAGCGAGCGAGACGGCACCGCCACACCAACUCCCAGCCGACCAAACUCUAACCAUAAUCAUCCGGAGGAGCUGAACCUGGAGGAGCAAGCUAUCGUUGAACGUGCUUUGGCUUCAUCCAGGACGCCCAGAACUUCCUACUAUGCGAGCUCAACCCUUGAGCCAGACGUGAAGAACAGCCAUUUCCACGAUGCUGACCUCUGCGUGUUGCUGCACCAGGAGAGCGACCCCAAUGUCCACGAAGUUGUUAAACGGGCCCUGAGGAAAGCGAUCCGACAGCGCGUCAAGAGAUUAGGCAUGAAGUCAGAUAACGAAACUAUCCUUGGACUCAAGCGGGCACACAAUCAUGAUCCCAGUGUUCAUCUUGAUCCAGAGGAUGACGGCGAGGAACCACCGAAAUGGGCUACAGACCUCAAACGCGAGCUGGUAUUGAUGCAGCAGCGAAUUGAGAGCCUUGGACCCAAGAUUGAAAAUCUGCGUUCACCACAGAUGGGUCCUGCCCGAUCGCACGGUGACGGGUCGAGAUUCGUUUUCGGUGAGGAGGGCGAGGAAUACACGCAGCAGUCACCUGCAACUCAGACCGUUGACAUCAACACCCGGCCGACUGGGACGAUGGCCGAUUCGAUGUAUCAACAAAAUCCAACAGACGAAGAUCAUUUCGAAUCGCGCCCCGCCGGAUCGCAGCAGUACGAUGAUGAGGAGCACGGGGACGAGGAGUACGACAACGCCACAGCAGACCAGCAGCGGGGGUACCCUGCUCUAACGGACGGUGAGACACGUGCGAGUCAGCUGAGGCAGAGCGACCGCCUGUCGGAGCUGCGCGACGACUCGCCUGGGCAGCAGUUCCUCGAGGAGGAGCUGUACAAGCUGCGGCAGAAGCCUGCAGGCAGCCAAUCUGGAUUAUCGCACCACACGUGGGAGGUCGCAAGGGAUGACGAUCCAGAGGAAUUUCCAGAAGAUGAGGAUGGGCACAGCCGUGUGCACGCGGACGAGAGCAAUUUGCCAACGAUACCGGAUAUGAAUGGCCCUCUUCCCCCCGUGCCGGCGGACGGUAGCUCACGCGACGUAGUCUCCAACGCUCGGGGUUGGCUCCCUGGGGAAUACAGUCAGGACGGACAAACGCUCGCCCCUUGGCAGAAGAUUCACGCCCGCCUCCUUAACUGGGCGAUGAUUUGGCCGAUAUCUGAACUGGAUUCUGGGCUGAACAGCACAACACGCGGCCAUCAAGUUGACGAGAUCGCGCUCAGCAUCUGGACGACGCAGACGUACAAGCGUUAUGUACGGGCCCGGCUGACUGAUAAUUCUAAUGGUGUCGUUGAUCGUUUGUUCGUGCCUCCGAAUAUGGCUGAUGCUAUCAGCACUGCUGUGUUCAAUGGGAGACAUGGGGAUGCGUGUGGGAUGCUACGAGAUCUGUGGACGCCCUUCGGGCUGGAGGGCAUGCCUAGGCUGUUGGUCGUCCUGGCCAAACAUAGAUCCGAUGAGAAUCACUGGGUGGUCCAUAGGUUCUCGCUCCCUGAUGGUGGGCUCACGACGUAUGAUUCGUACCCAGAGCGCACUCUUCCUGAUGGUCGCCCUCUCGGUUGGUGGUUCGCCAUCCGGAUAGCGUGGCCCAACACGAUAUACCCAAGCCCCGAUCAUCUCAUGCAGAAGAUGGUCCGCUUGCAUCGUCCAAUGCAAUUGCCAAUCGAUAACUCUGUCGCUGCUGCAGGCAUCUGGCGAAACAUUCUCAUGGGGUCCCGCGCGGAAAGAAGCCUCGAUCUCGAACGCCUACGCGAUCUCAUAAAUACGGAGGUGAAGAAUCUGCGGCAACGAAAGCUGAUGGGCAAAUUGUCUAUUGGGGCUUCUCGCCCAGCAUGGGACGACAUGAACUAA